GAGAGAACCCGAAGAGUCUUCGUGAGAGCUUGUGACUGACAGCACCGGCUAGUAUAUACUUGUGGAUCCGGUGCCGGCGGUUAGUACUCGCUCCCCCCGGUCAGUAGCACGGAUUUCGGAGUGCGCGCACGACAAAAGAAGGAGCGGGCGCGGCGGGUAAGUUUUGCGGUCGAUGGACGUGUGUGUAUUCGCGGAGGAGCGAGCGAUAUAUUGGUUGCCCCCGCGCAUGGUCCGUGUGUGCGAGAUCCUCGUCGUUUUCUGGGACUCCGCGAGGAUCAGAGCGGAGUCGUUAUCCAGAGAGCUCGAGUCAAGCAUCCGUGAAGCUAGACCGUGAAACAUGGCCGCCUGACCACCUGACGGACCCGCAGGACUGCGUGUGAGGGAUCCUCACGGUGCGUGUAUUGAUCCGCGUAGCCGCCGAUCAACCUCCUCGGAUUUCUGCUUGGAAAACCUGCACCAGUCCUUCCUUGCGCGAGUAUAUGUCCUUCGCCGUGAGGGCGACACAGUGACACGCGAAUGGACUCUUCAGGACUCUCACACCAGUGUUUUUUAGGAAGUGGUAGGCGUUUCUCUUAACGCUUAACUGACAGUCGUAACGGAGAAUCCUGGAGAAUCCGGAGGUGGUCCGUUACUCUCCUCGAGAGGAAGAAGAGCAAGAGAGCGAAGCGAAGAGACAAGAGGGAAUAAGUACAACGAUCCUGUUGGUUUCCGCGAGUUUUAUCCGGCGUACUUUUGCGAAAGAGCGCGGCCGCGAACCGUUCGUUCAACGACCACCACCGCACAACAACGCAUCAAGAAAGCGCCUCCGCGCGCGCGCGCGAUUCUCAAAGCGUGAACAGAGAGCGCGAAGAGAAAAAAAUUUAUUGAAACCUCCCGUUACCGCGCCUCCCCCCCCGUAAGCCUCGUUAAAAAUCGCGAACACGCUUUUUUCUACGUGUAGUUAUUGGAUACAACAAGACAAGAGAGUAUCAUGACUCUCGAAUUAGCGCGAAGCGAAGGUGUUUGGUUUCGCAUUAGCAGCAUUUGCGUCUGAGUUGCGCUGGCAGUUGUGUGAAGUGUGUGUGCAACGCGAGAAUAAAUUUUUGAAAAAGAUCAAUUUUACGGUGAUUGAUUUUAAUGUGCGAUUCCCUCCAGCACGGGGAAGCGCGCGUGCAUUGAGGAAGCUCGCGAGAAGGAAAAAAAGAGAAUCCAUGGUAUAAGGAAACAAGCAAGUAGAGCAUCUGUAAAAUGUAGCGUCCGAUUGGCUACGCUACCGCACAUCCACGGGAAUACAUCAACUUGUUUCCUUACACCAUGAGGAGAAUAUUGAGGUCGAUGUUGAGGCAAGUGAAGAGGAACGGUGCGCGAAAGGUGUCGAUCGAGAUUUUAUAGAUCUUUUUAUCGCGCGAUAGAAGAGGUGGAGAAUUGCUCUCGUCGACUUCUUCGAUGCCGCAGAAUAGCUUCGGCUCAUCGAUAGGAAAGUACGAAGAGAUCAGUCUUCGUAGGAAACAAAUUCCCGCUGAGGGAUCGAUACCGGAACUACGCUGUAAUCGGCAGCAAUUACGAUAAGGGCGGCGAUUGCGAUAAAAGUAUAAUAUCGAAGUGCACAAUUUAGCGAAUUAGAACGAGCAUCAACGGGCGACCUCAUCGCGCGCUUAAUUAACGGACCGGUCGCGCCAACCAACCGAUUAGAGGAUAGCGGCAACCGGAAGUGAGUGCCAGAAAAUCGAUCAGAAGAGAAUUGAUUGAUUAGAAUUUCGGAAUCGACCGGAUGGGAGUACCGUCGUCGAGUGUGAUAAUUGCUUUUCGGAGACCGCGCCUUCUGACAGAAAACGCAAGAUGGAACGCGGCAGAUACAUAGCCAGAGAGAUGCGUCACUCGAGAAGCGAGGAUUUGCUGGGCACGUUUUCCAGAUCGCCCAGUCCGUGCGUCGAUUUGCCGACCACGGCGUCCGAAGACGACCUGAUAGCGGCAAGCGGUCUUCGAGAUUCGAGCGCGUACAAUCAGGCUGUCGGCGUUGCCGGAGCAUCGCGACGCAGCAUCCUCGCGACGCCAUCCAGAACCGUGGUGGUUCCCGUCGAUCCGGAGGAUUCCAUUCGCGACAUCGUCACCGAGAACGAUCUCUACAGAUACGUAUUGUUCAAACGGCAUUACGACAAGUAUGUGGAUCUCGCCGAGAAGUACAAAGAGGCCAAGAGCGUCGCUUAUUAUCUGGAGGAACGUUAUCACGAGAUCAAGGCCGAGCGAGACAAGUUGGAGGAGGCUCGAAGAAAUCUGGAGAUACGCCUGGAGAGUUGCGAGACGGAACUACGCGGCAAGGAGGACGAGCUCUUCCUGCAGUUGGAGAGAAGUCUACGACUGGAAGAGGAGAUCGAACGAGCAAAAAUCGAGAGGGACAGCUACAUGGAGGCGCGAGAUCGGUUGGAACAGCAACGGGAAUCGGCGUUUAGACGUUUGCAGAUGCAGCUCGAGCAGAACGAGAUCACGAGGCAGAAUCUCGAGAGAGCGCGACAAGAUGUGAUCCGACAGGCCACGGUUAUUCGCGCCGAAAGAGACACGUUGGAGAGAGAGAACGAGAUGCUGCGACAAAGACUGAGAAUGGAACAGGACGAGCUACGCGGCGAACGGCGUCGUCGAGAAGAAGGCGUCGCUGCGCUAACGAGGGAAACGAUCGCGCUCAAGCACGCGACGCGACAUUUGAGCGCCGCGACGUUUCACGCGACUUCCUGUCGGAAUCGUCGUCGAUGCUCCAUCUGCAUGUACGCCAGACGCACUCUGGCUGGCGUCGACAGCUAUCACGACAAGAACUUUGUUGAUUGCAGUGGAAAUCUUCUGCAGUGCCUUCAAGCACCUUUACAGGAUAUUCGCGGUUGGUUGCGACCCAACAGCGCGACGUCAUCAUCCGCCAAUUCGUCGCGAGUACCGCGACUCGAUUCGUCCAUAGCCGAUCGCGAGAUUUGCUACAUCGACGACUCCAGUGUUGACAGCAGCAGCAACGGAAGUACCAACAGUCGCAGUUGCAGCAGCAGCACAAGCAGCAGCAACAGUGGUUACGACGACGAAGCAUAUCCGAGCACUCCGAUAGCUGAGCCUUCUCUUUCCUCGGCCACAUCAAGUGUUCCACAUACAAAUAGAGCUUUUUCUUCGGAUUCAGGGUUUUCUUCCGAGAUAGGGGAUCGUAGAUCGCGAUGUUUCGACAACAGCAGCGGUAAGAGCAGAAACAUGAGCGAAUCGUUGGACGGCAACGAGGACGAUCAGGGUGCGUCCGGAAGAGACGGGCUCACUCGCUCAAGAUGGACUUCCUCUUUCCGCAGACUGCUCGGACGAAAGUCCAAGAGCAAGCUCGAUCGGUUUUCGGGAACGGGCAAGACUGACGAACCGCGUUGAAAUUAAUUUUUACCAAAUUUAUAUAGAACUUCGUCGUAGAUAUCAUCUCUUCCCGUCCUCUCUUCUUUUUCAUAGCGAGUUUCACGCGCGAGAACGAAUUACAUAGAUCUUACUUAUUUCGAAAGCGAACAAUCGCUUACCGAUGAAAUUUAUUUGAGUUUUUCUAGAGUUCGGAGAAGAUAUUAAAAAAAAAAAAAAAAAAAAACUGCCGAGAUUCGCGUAUUAACUCUUUCGAAAAUUAAAAAGAGACACGAAUUUAAGGAUUUUGGAAUUUUGGAAUAUCUGGGACAUUGGGGAUCACAACUGACGUAAUGCAAAGAAGCAAUAAUUCCACCAGGAAUCACAAGUUUAUUUUUUCCAAGACGUUUCCAAGAGGUUUCUUUGAUGCAGAUUUAUUUAUAUAUAAUAAUAAUAUUAUAUAUUAAUAAUAGUAAUGCAAGAGGAAGUAAAAAAAUUUACUACCAGAAAUCACAAGUUUAUUUUUUUCAAGACGUUUCCAAGAGGUUUCUUUAAUGCAGAUUAUUUAUAUAUAAUAAU